AUGCCGGACGAGCUAGCACCGCCCCGCAAGAGUGUAGAGCUCGAGGACCCCGGUGCGAAAGAGCUGGCCGAGUCGAGCGACGAACACUUCUCCGAUGCCUCGGAAGGCCAGCCUGGACGAUCUGAGAUGACCUCGCCCAUUCCCAUCACGCGAGUUGAGCGAGUAGACGACGAGCCGGCCCACGGCGAGGUGCCAGGCACAGACGCAUACAAUAUGCGCACCCAAGACGCAGUACCCGAUGAGGUGGAGAUUGUACCCGAAGGCACACGAAGUCGCAGUGCGUCUCGUGUUAGUGUAAGCGACAGGCCUCUUACGCCAGGAGGAACGCCAGUGCCAAAGACGAUUGUCGAGAAGAUCGAUCCCGACCAGCCCAGCUACGGCGAUGUUCCCGGUACACUUGCCCACCAGCAGCGUCUUGCCGAUGCUGCGCCUGAUGUCAUUGUCAGAGCACCAGAGCCUACCCAGCCCAGCAACCCAGGGUCACCAACCUCGCAUAACAGGUCUCCAAUAAGCCCCAGUGACGGCGCAGCCGACACCGUGCCCGAAGCCGAUGCCUCCGCUGAGCAAGAUGACGACGGCUUUGGCGACGAGGACGGUGACGACGAUGGUUUUGGCGAUUUCGACGACUUUGAACAAGGCGAAGAGGGUGACGAUGAUUUUGGGGACUUUGACGAUGGGCUUCAGCAAGGCGAGGACGAUGCAGAGACAUCAUUUGAUAAGCCCCCAGAACAGCCUCCUGUACCUGUCCCCUCGCCAGGUCCUCCCGUCUUAGACUUUGAUCAACUCACAUCACUUGAAGAAAUCGUCACAGCAACACAGCCCUACCUAGAUGACAUGUACCCUGUACAGAAUGACAUACCCACAAUAUCGGCCAAUCCCGACGAGACCCGUUCCAUAUUCCUCUCGGAACGCAGCCACUCGUUAUGGACGCAACUGGUUGCACCGCCACCAUUACAGCCUCCCGACUGGGUUCGUUCGCGUAUACGGCGACUGUUCUUGGUCUCAUUAGGUGUACCUGUGGAUCUGGACGAAAUACUCCCCGCCUCGAAACAGAAAAAGCUCAUUCUCCCUUCAAUACAUAUACCCGGGGAUCGGUCGCCCCGCCCCUCGUCCGACGGUCGGAACAAUGGCGGGCCAUUGGGACGAGUCAAGCGCGAGAACGAAUCAUCUACGUCUAUCGACUCGUCAAGUUCAAAACCAGAGCGAAAACGUAAAGGUCCACCGCCGCCUCCAGAACUGGACAUUAGCAGCACCAUGCAACUAUGCGCGACGACAGAUGCAGCGCUGCAAGGGCUGACGGACGAUGAGCUGAAGAUGCACAUUGAUCACUUAAAGGGACUGCAAGAAAGAGCAAAGGAGGUAUUUGAGUACUGGCAGAAGAGAUUGGAGAGCGCACUGGGAGACAAGGAUGCUUUUGAGCAAGUUAUUGAGAGCCUGGUUGCCCAUGCUAAGAAGCUUAGGUAG